AUGGAGCAUCACAGAGACAUCGUAGAAGCAGUGCGCUCUCGCGUCCAACACUUUUACGCCACAAAAGCAGGUUUCCGUAUCUAUCACGGCAGCACAAACAGCACACGGCACGCAGAUUUCGAUCGCAAUGCUAUUGUGGACGUCAGCAUCCUCGAUCAAGUCAUCUCCAUCAACCAUGACACCAAAACCGCCCUGGUCGAACCCAACGUCCCCAUGGACGUCCUCGUCCAGGAAACCAUGAAAGCCGGCUUACUUCCACCCGUUGUCAUGGAAUUUCCAGGCAUCACCGUCGGCGGAGGCUUCGUCGGGACCGCCGGCGAAAGUAGCAGCUUCAAGUACGGCUUCUUCGACCGGACCGUGCUAAGCGCUGAAGUUGUGCUUGCAGACGGCACGCUCGUGACCGCAUCUGCCAGCCAGAACACCGACUUGUUUGAAGGACUCCGAGGCAGUUUCGGGACCCUGGGCGUACUGACAAUGGUGGAGAUGCAAUUGAUUCCACUGAGACAGAUGGUCGAAGUGACAUACCAUCCCACGUUCUCGUUUGAAAAUGCAACAGGAACGAUGAAGUAUCACGUGAGCGACGCACGGAACGACUACAUCGACGGCAUCAUAUUUUCAAAAGGCACGGGCGUCGUUGUCACAGGUCGACUCAUCGAUACGCCUAUCUCUACGUCUUCCCGUCUUCCCGUACAACGCUUCUCCAGGCCGUGGGACGAGUGGUUUUGGAUCCACGCGCGAACCGCCUCGUCCCGCGGCAUCGUUACUAAAGAACUGGUGCCUAUCCAAGACUACCUCUUCCGGUACGACCGCGGCGCCUUCUGGAUGUGCAUGUACGCCUACAGGUACUUCAUGGUGCCGUUUACGUGGAUGACGCGCUUCCUGUCCGAUUACUUCAUGCACACACGCAUCAUGUAUCAUGCCUUGCAUACGUCGGGACAUACAGAUCGCUACAUCAUUCAUGACAUUGCGUUUCCAGCCAACAAUGCUACGCCAUUUCUUGAGUAUGCCGACGAGGCGUUUAGCUUGUAUCCUAUUUGGCUGUGUCCACUGCGCCGAGAUGGCAGGAGCUCAAUGGGGCAUGCGAAGCUGUUUAGUGGGCUGGUUGGCGGUAAGCCAGUAGACGGGUGUGAGGGUGAGGGUAUUAGUGUUGGGCUGUGGGGUCCAUAUCCAUCAAACGAAGGAGAGUUCGUCCGUGCGAACCGUGACAUCGAAGCGAAGAUGCGGGAGCUGGGCGGUUUGAAAUGGCUCUAUUCGCGCGUAUUUUACAGUGAAGAUGAGUGGUGGCAAGUCUACGACAAGCACGGGUAUGACGAGCUCCGUCGGAAAUACCACGCCACGUCUCUACCUUCAAUAUGGGACAAGGUCAAGGACCGGGGGCGGAGGCAAGACUUCGGCACGGGAGUCAAGGGCUUGUUGAAGAGACUUGUGAAAAGCAAUGCGUUCUUAUCCGGUCUCUAUGGUAUAUACAAAGCGGUGAAGGGCGGCGACUACAUGCUGAAGAAGCAGAAAGCCGCUUGA